AUGGGCGACGUCGCCGUCGAGACCGCCAACUACGCGCCGGCUCACAAAAAGGCGGCGCCAUCGGUUAUCCCGACCAUUGACCACUUCGAAGGCCUGUCGAGCGAAGGCGGGGAUGAUUACGCCACAUUGAAGAAACUCCAGCGACAAUUAGAGUAUGUCGCCCGUUUGUCGCGGGUCUGGUGGCAACGUGCUGACGAGGAGGCAGAUACAUUCAGCUACAGGAAGAAUACAUCAAAGAUGAGCAAAGGUUUGAGCCUAAAGCGUGAGCUUGUCCGCGCCCAGGAAGAGAUUAAGAGAAUCCAGAGUGUACCACUAGUCAUCGGCCAAUUCAUGGAGGCCAUUGACCAAAACACAGGUAACAACUACGUUGUCCGUAUCCUGUCGACCCUCGACCGCGAACAGCUCAAGCCGUCCUCCUCGGUCGCCCUCCACAGACACUCCAACGCCCUGGUCGACAUCCUGCCGCCCGAGGCCGAUUCCUCCAUUGCCAUGCUGGGCGCUGACGAGAAGCCCGACGUGACGUACGCCGACGUGGGUGGCCUGGACAUGCAGAAGCAGGAGAUUCGCGAGGCCGUCGAGCUGCCCCUGACGCACUUUGAUCUGUACAAGCAGAUUGGUAUCGACCCGCCGCGCGGCGUGCUCCUCUACGGCCCUCCUGGCACCGGCAAGACGAUGCUCGUCAAGGCCGUCGCCAACUCGACAACGGCGAGCUUCAUCCGCGUCGUCGGCUCCGAGUUCGUGCAGAAGUACCUCGGCGAGGGCCCGCGCAUGGUGCGCGACGUGUUCCGCAUGGCCCGCGAGAACUCGCCGUCCAUCAUCUUCAUCGACGAGAUUGACGCCAUUGCUACGAAGCGUUUCGACGCCCAGACGGGCGCCGAUCGCGAGGUGCAGCGUAUCCUGCUCGAGCUGCUCAACCAGAUGGACGGCUUUGACCAGACGUCCAACGUCAAGGUCAUUAUGGCGACGAACCGCGCCGACACGCUCGACCCGGCCCUGCUGCGCCCCGGUCGUCUCGAUCGCAAAAUUGAAUUUCCUUCGCUACGCGACCGCCGCGAGCGCCGCCUCAUCUUCUCCACCAUUGCCAGCAAGAUGAGCCUCGCCCCCGAGGUUGACCUCGACAGCCUCAUCGUCCGCAACGACCCGCUGUCGGGCGCCAUCAUCGCCGCCAUCAUGCAGGAGGCCGGUCUGCGCGCCGUCCGCAAGAACCGCUACAACAUCAUCCAGACCGACUUGGAAGACGCGUACUCGAGCCAGGUCAAGGGCACGAGCGAGGACAACAAGUUUGACUUUUACAAAUAA